AUGCUCAACGCCCACCCCUUCCCACCUUUGGUUUCAGGGGAGCUGCUGAAUGAAGCCGGGAGCUGCUGGUGGGUGAGAGACCCCCCGAGUUCUGCAUGGAUGGGAAUGGGGAGAGCUGCCCACAGUAGGAGCCCAGGGCAGCUGGAAAAUUCCAGCCUCUUCCUCCGAGCUUUCCUGCUCCUCUUCCUCCUCAGGCAUGUCUCUUCCCAGUGCAAGAUCCUCCGCUGCAACUCGGAGUACGUGGCGGCCACGCUCCACCUGCGCGGCCCCGAGCGCGGCGCCGCCUUCUGCACCGCGCUGCGCUCCUACUCGCUGUGCACCCGCCGCACCGCGCGCACCUGCCGCGGCGACCUGGCCUUCCACUCGGCCGUGCACGGCAUCGAGGACCUCAUGAUCCAGAACAACUGCUCCAAGGAAGGCCCCACGGCCCCACCGCGGCCCCGGCCCGCGGCGCCCAACGCCGCGCACGGCUUCGACUCGCUCGAUAUCUGCGAUUACGAGAGGAGUUUCCUCUACAAGCACGGCCGGCCCCCCGGUUUCCAGCACUGCGCUGCUUUUGGGGACCCCCACAUCCGAACCUUUCAUGAUGAUUUCCACACGUGCCGCGUGGAGGGCUCCUGGCCGCUCUUGGACAAUGAUUAUCUGUUUGUGCAAGCCACCAGCUCGCCGGUGGCCAAGGGGUCCAACGCGACGGUCACCAGCAAGCUCACCAUCAUCUUCAAGAACAUGAAGGAGUGCAUCGACCAGAAGGUCUACCAGGCCGAGCUGGACAACGUCCCCGCAGCCUUCCAGGAUGGCUCCGUCGACGGCGGCGCGCGUCCCGGCGGGAGCAGCCUGUCCAUCCGCGAGCUCAGCCCCGGCCGGCACGUGGAGAUCCGCGCCAGCUACAUCGGCACCACCAUCGCCGUGCGCCAGGCCGGCCGCCAGCUCUCCUUCUCCAUCCGCGCCGCCGAGGAGGUGGCCAGGGCCUUCACGGAGGAGCAGGACCUGCAGCUCUGCGUGGGCGGCUGCCCCCACAGCCAGCGCAUGUCCCGCAGCCCCCGCGGGCGCGGCCGCGUCCCCGCCGAGACGGCGCGGGCGCUGUGCCGGGAGAUGCUGCCCGUGGAGGAUGUCUACUUCCAGUCGUGCGUCUUCGACGUGGUCACCUCUGGGGAUGCCAACUUCACCAUGGCGGCGCACGGGGCACUGGAGGAUGCCCGGCUCUUCCUGCCCGAUGCUGAGAAGCUCCACAUCUUCCAGUCUGGGGGAGGCUGCCAGCUCAGCUCUCCGUCGUUUCUGCUCCUCAUCCUCCUCCUCCCGUGUGGAUUUUGGGCUGGUUUGUUGCACUUUUAAGGCCUGCUUGCUCUGUAGGGAACUUGUGAGAGCU